AAUUCACAAUUUGGAGUGUCUGAGAGGGGAGGAGGGCGAAGGAGAAAGGGAAAAGAAGAAGAGAGGAGGAUAAAAAAAAAAAAGAGGGUGGAGAUGCUGAGCAGGGUAGAAAUGGCCCCUCCUGAGAUGGAUAGGGGUAGGGACUGUCAUCGCAAAGAGAGGAGACAAUGAGAUGGCGAUAUGGUGCUCUGUGAACUUCUAGCAGCCCAAAACCCUGCACCUCCUGCGGCUACCAGACACCACUGACAUUAUAUUACAGUAUAUUAUACAGGGAUCCAGGAGGAUCACACAGGGGCCGUUUCAAUGGACACUGAUAUGGAUUACGAGAGACCAAAUGUGGAGACCAUCAAAUGUGUGGUGGUGGGAGACAACGCAGUUGGGAAGACUCGACUAAUAUGUGCAAGAGCAUGUAACACAACCUUAACACAGUACCAGCUGCUGGCCACACAUGUGCCUACAGUAUGGGCAAUUGACCAGUACCGGGUUUGCCAAGAAGUCCUUGAACGCUCCCGGGAUGUCGUUGAUGAAGUGAGUGUCUCUCUACGGCUGUGGGACACCUUUGGUGACCAUCACAAGGACAGACGAUUUGCUUAUGGAAGGUCGGAUGUGGUUGUACUGUGCUUUUCAAUUGCAAAUCCCAAUUCUUUAAAUCAUGUUAAAACCAUGUGGGCUCAAGAAAUCAAACAUUUCUGUCCCCGAACACCUGUAAUUUUAGUUGGCUGUCAACUAGACUUGCGCUAUGCUGAUCUGGAGGCCGUAAAUCGGGCAAGAAGACCAUUAGCCAGACCAAUCAAAAGAGGUGAUAUUUUGCCACCAGAAAGGGGAAGGGAAGUGGCCAAAGAGCUUGGGAUUCCAUAUUAUGAAACCAGUGUGUUUGAUCAAUUUGGUAUUAAGGAUGUUUUUGACAAUGCAAUCAGGGCUGCUUUGAUUUCCCGGAGGCAUCUCCAGUUUUGGAAAUCCCAUUUGAAAAAAGUUCAGAAACCUUUUUUACAAGCUCCUUUCCUCCCCCCUAAAGCACCGCCUCCGGUUAUUAAGAUACCGGAAUCCAGUGCAGUUAACAUAAAUGAUGCUGGCGAUCUGUUGGACAAUCCUUUGUGUGCAGAUGUCAUGUUUGUCCUUCAGGACCAAAAAAGGAUCUUUGCUCAUAAGAUUUACCUUUCUACCUCCUCUUCAAAAUUUUAUGACCUUUUUUUAAUGGAAAAUGAAGAGUUCCAAAACCCCGUAGAUAGAUGUUCAAAGAAGGAAAGGCCAAUCAAGGACUUGCUUAUGAGGACAUUAAGCCUUGAUACAGAUGAGGAUACAGAUGUAGCUUCCUUGAAACCUUCCAAUGCGUGUCUUCGGAUAUCAAGAAGUGAUGAUACGUUACUAACCACUGACUUUGAUGAGGAAAACUGCAUAUCUCUAUCCUCCUGGAGUAAAGGCUUCCUCAGCAUGCAUCAAGAACUGUUGAACAACCCAAUCUCAAGCAGGACUUGUUCAAUGACAGUGGUACGAAUGGAUUCCUCUAUACAAUAUGGGCCUUUUAAAACCGUUUUACGGUUUCUUUACACUGGACAGUUAGAUGAAAAUGAAAAGGGUUUGAUGCGAGUGGCCCAGAUUGCAGAAAUCCUUGAAGUCUUUGACUUGCGCAUGAUGGUUGAAAAUAUAACCAAUAAAGAAGCCUUCAUGAAUCAGGAGAUCACAAAAGCAUUCCAUGUACGGAAAUCAAACCGAAUUAAAGAAUGUCUUUCCAAGGCAACUUUUUCUGAUGUGACUUUUACAUUGGAUGAUGGAAACAUCAGUGCCCAUAAGCCUCUGCUAAUCUGUAGCUGUGAAUGGAUGGCUGCAAUGUUCGGGGGCUCCUUUGUAGAAAGUGCAAAUAGCGAGAUUGAUCUUCCCAAUGCAAGCAAAUCUUCAAUGCAGGCGGUGUUAGAUUACUUGUAUAUUAAGCAGUUAUCAUUUUCUUCUGAAAUGGACCCUCUGGAGCUUAUAGCAUUGGCAAACAGAAUCUGCCUUCCGCAUUUGGUUGCACUUACUGAACAGCAUGCGGUCCAGGAGCUGACCAAGGCUUCGGUGAAUGGCGUUGAUAUCGAUCAAGAAGUGCUGAUGUACCUGGAACUUGCACAGUUUCACAAUGCCCAUCAAUUAGCAGCAUGGUGCUUACACCACAUCUGCACAAACUAUAACAGCGUGUGCUCCAAAUUUCGCAAGGACAUAAAGUCUAAAUCUGCAGAAAAUCAGGAAUAUUUUGAAAGACAUCGUUGGCCACCAGUGUGGUACCUAAAAGAAGAAGACCAUUACCAAAGGGUGAAAAAAGAGAGGGAGAAAGAGGACAGUGCUCUUAACAAAUAUCGCUCAAAACGCAAGUGGUGCUUCUGGAAUUCGUCAUCCGCAGCCUUCGCUUAAGCAACGAUGCUGUUGCAGACUAUAGAAACAAAACACAUGUAAAUUUAACAUGAUGUCUUAAUGU